AAGCUAUUGUAUGAGGGUCGCGGACUUCUCUCAGAGCGGGGACGCCGGGUUGCGGAGAGAAGGGAGAGUUUCCCUAGUCUCGCGGCCGAUGGGCGGGCAGAUGAGGCCGGCCUUGCCCUGGCUGCGCUAGAGCGGCGCGAGGAGCCUUCCCUUCCGGUGCAAUAUGUUCAAAAGAAUGGCUGAGUUCGGGCCUGACUCUGGUGGGAGAGUGAAGGGUGUAACUAUUGUAAAACCCAUUGUUUAUGGUAAUGUUGCCCGCUAUUUUGGCAAGAAACGAGAAGAAGAUGGCCAUACACAUCAGUGGACAGUUUAUGUUAAGCCUUAUAGAAAUGAGGAUAUGUCUGCUUAUGUAAAGAAAAUCCAGUUCAAGUUACAUGAAAGCUAUGGUAAUCCACUGAGAGUGGUAACUAAGCCACCAUAUGAGAUCACUGAAACAGGUUGGGGUGAAUUUGAAAUCAUCAUUAAGAUAUUUUUUAUUGAUCCUAAUGAAAGACCGGUGACUCUGUAUCAUUUGCUGAAGCUGUUUCAGUCUGAUACAAAUGCCAUUUUGGGAAAGAAAACUGUUGUUUCUGAAUUUUAUGAUGAGAUGAUUUUUCAGGAUCCUACUGCUAUGAUGCAGCAACUGCUAACUACAUCUCGUCAAUUAACACUUGGUGCUUAUAAGCAUGAAACAGAAUUUGCCAGUGUAGAAGUAAAAACUCGAGAGAAGUUGGAAGCUGCUAAGAAGAAGACCAGCUUUGAGAUUGCAGAACUUAAAGAAAGAUUAAAAGCAAGCCGUGAAACUAUCAACUGUCUAAAAAAUGAAAUAAGGAAGCUUGAGGAUGAUGACCAAACUAAAGAUAUAUAAUACCUAUUUACUACUUUAAGAGACUUCACAUGAAACCUAUUUUGAUCAUGGAAAUAACACAUUUCCUUUUCUGGGAAAAACUGCAUAUAGGCAUUCUGGAGAGAUUUUUUUUUUUUUUUUUGUGGACAAAAGGAAAAAAUUCAGUAUUAUGACAAUUCACUAAGUAUUUUUUUUUUUUAGAAAAUAAGCAAUAUUUUCAUGGUUUUAAGCUGCAAUUGCUUAUAACUUGUUCAUAGUCUGAUGUUUUGAGGAGUAUAUGAAAUCCUUCUAUGAUAUUGUUAUUAAGUGUGUAGUCAAAAUUCUACGUAUUUACAUAAACCAUCACUACCUUAACGAAAAAUAAAACUGUACCAUAGGCAGCUAAACCAAGUCUUCUAUUAUUUUGUUUUCAGAUUUCUCAGAAAUGAGAUAGAACUGUACAAAGAAAUAUCAAUGGUAGGUUUACCCUUACAGAGGACAAAACUGAUCAUGACUCUAUUUGGAAACUGUUGUCUGUUGUUCUAGAGUUCCAGUAAUAAAAGUAAUAUGUGAAAA